AUGGCGACGGCGGUGCAGCACGGAGCGCCGCACGUGAAUGGUGUCGCUCGGCGACCACCAGGAGCUCGCGCACCGAUCAAGAAGCCAUACCAGCCCGGCACGAACCAAGUGAGACGGCCGGUGAAUGGAGCAGCCAAAGGGCCGCAGAAGGCGGUGCAGAACAAGGCGGCAUCCAUAGCAGGCGAGAGCCCCGUCAAUGGGGUGACGUCCGCGUACGCUGUCAUGGCCUCGAGGAUCGCCAACCGAGUCGCGGAGAUGGCGGAGAGUAUCACGUUUGUAGAACGGUAAGUUGCAAGACUUGUGGUGUGUCGAGCGGCGUAUGGGUGAGGGUGUGUGUUCAUCUCCCGUCGGCUAACGCAACGGCGCCGAGCAGGCCGAAAGUGAAAGAGACGGAGGCGCCGGCGACGGAGGAGAAGAAGAAGCCGCGCAAGCUGGACAUGCGCCUCAACAACACCACCUCGGACCGGGUCGCCUUCUCCGCGCCCUUCCUCGACAACACGCUGCAGAAGAUGCUGCAGCUCCAGAACCGCAUGCUGCAGACGACCGCCGACCUGUCCAAGGCCGAGGGCGUCGACGAGAAGACGAUCAAGGAGCACGCCGCCCAGAGCGCGGAACUGAGCCGCAUCAUCGCCCUCAUCUGCGCAGAGAAGGCGCGACAAGGAGCGUGA